CAUCAGUACAAGGCAACGUCUCCACGACAGGUUUCGGUGCCUUUAAAUAAUUAAAAAAAAAAAACCGCUUUCGGCUAGCUACGGAUCCUUUAAAUUGAUUCCGAAGGAGCCUUUCGGUUAUAAAACAAAAAAAAAAAAAAAUCUAAUAAAAUUCUCUAUCCUAAUUUUUUGUAUCAUAAUAAAAAAGCACAAAAAAAAAUAAAGAAGAGAAAUUAUUAAUACAAUAACAAAACGUAAAAGAAAAAUUAAUAUAAAAAUAAAUAAUAUAAAAAUUAAUAUAAAAAUUAAUAAAAAUAAAUAAUAUAAAAAUUAAGAAACAAAAAUAAAAUAAUAAUAAAUUGUAAAAUAACAAAUUGAAUAAUCGAAAAAAGAAAAUUGUGUGUGAUGGUGUUGGGUGUUUAAAAUAAAUCUCAUCGGGUAUUUAUUUUUUUUUGGAGGAAUACAAACGGAAACAAUUUGUUGCGGCCUCAAAUUAUUGUGAAUCAAGAGAGAGAGACACUUUCUUUGAGAGUUGAAUCUUUGAUCCGUGACGAGGAAGAAAAUUUAUAUAUUAGAGGACAUAAGAUGAAGCCACCAGCGUAUAAUGCCGAGGAAGUGCAGCAAAUCUCUCAGGAACAAGGGGAGAGAAAUGUGGCGAUGGCAGUUUGUGUUCAAUUGGCUGGCCGUGCAAUUAUCAGGGUAGUUUCGCGAUGUGAACAGGCACAGGAUAAUUGCGACUUAGAUCUCUCGGAAUGUCAAUUAAUGCAAGUACCUGACGCAGUUUAUCAUCUAAUGCGACACACAGAAUUAAAAAGAUGCGAUCUCUCUGGCAAUGUUAUCACGAAAAUUCCACCAAAAUUUGCCGUCAAAUUUUCGUUAAUAACAGAAUUAAAUUUGAGCCACAAUCAAAUGAGCAAACUACCGGAAGAGCUUGCCGAAUUGCAAGCUUUGGAAAGACUCGACAUUUCCCACAACACAUUUAUUGCUCUGCCUUCUGUAGCUUGUCGAAUGUCACAAUUAAAACGACUUCUUGCCAACAAUAAUUCUAUCAUUGAAGUCGAUGUGGAAAGGCUGAAACUCGCUCCAACAUUGGAAUUCGUCGAUUUAAAAAAUAAUCCAUUAACCGCCCGAUUACAUGAAUUACUUGGUGCUUUUGCGAGGAUACAAAUUGAAAUUUCACCACGACAACUCGAAGACUGGGAAGAUCUUAGCGUUUGAAUUCAUUCUUUCUUUUUUUUCUUUUUUAAAUAAGGGCCGAUUUUCAGGCUUUUAUUUCAAACAAAAAUUACUGCCUCUGCUCUUGGUUUCCUCCAGGACUCUGCAAAGGUAUUAGGAAAAAAAAAGAGAGAAAAAAAAAAGAUUAGACAGAAUUUUGUACAGUAAGACAAAAAAAAACCAAUUUGAAUAUUAUUUUUUUUUACACUAAAUAUUUCUUUUCGAGAAUUUUUAUAAACAAUCUUUUUAAAAUGACAAUACACGAAUUGAAAAUAAUUUUUUUUUAAAAAUUUAAUAAAUAAAAUAAUAAAAACAUAAUAUAAAAUGAAAAGAUUUUUUUUACUAGAGAAAAAUUUUAAUAAAUAAAAAAAAUUUCAAAUUGGUUUCUACGAUCGAUUGAAAGAGUGAAAUUUUAAUGAUGAUGAACCUGAUAAUUGUGACUAACAAGUACUUAUAACAUUUCGGUUAAUUACCUUCGACUGAUUUUAUUACUAUCGCAAUUUCCAUGACGAGUCGUGCGCGGAGCUUCUUUUAUUUAUUUCAUUUUUUUUUUUUCAAAUACCUCAGUCACUCAAGGUAAAAAAAAAAAAAUUAUUUCAAAUUUUCCAUCGAAGCUCCACUAAGCUGUGAUUAAAAAAUUAAGUAAAGAAUUGAUUCAGUUCUCUCCACGUGAAAAUUGCAUUUUACACUUUUAAAAAUUCUGUAAAAAGAAAAGAAAAUAUCAAUUAAAAAAACAAAUUUGUAUAAAAAAAAGAACAAUAUUAAGAUAAUUUUAAUAUAUUUAGGAAAUAAUAAAUAUAUUUUUAAUAUUAAUAUAAAUUUUUCAAAAUAUCUGAAUCAAUCUGAAAUCUCGUCAACGCUAACAAUUUUAUUUUUUUUUUUUUUUAAUUAUUAACGUAACUCGUAAGUUUGAAUUCUCUUUUACUAUUUUUUAAGAUAAAAAAAAAAAAUUUGAUAUAAAUAUAAAUAUUGUAUAUGUAUGUAAAUCUAAUAUUGAUUAGAAAAAGAAAAAGUACUGCCAAUGUUAAAUAAACCGUUGGUGCCUUCUUUUUUUUUGUUAAACAAAAGAAAAAAAGUGAUUAAACGGACUUUUAACUAGAAUCUUUAACUUUCGAUUAUAUUCGAAUUUUGUAUUUAAUUUCUUCUCUAUAUUAUAUAUAUAAAAAUAUAUAAUAUAUAAAAAAAAAGAUGUGGCGAAAAAGUUUGUAUUUUUAGCUCGUGUUAACGAGCGAAUUAUAUUGUAUUUGCGAUCUAGUCAAUUGUCCAUGGGACGUGCAAUACAACCAUACACAAUACGAAAAUUGUUUCUUUUUUUUCUAUUUUCAACCAAUUUCCCUGAAUUUUCUGAAAAAUAAACAUAAUUAUAGAAUAAAACUUUAAUUAUUUUAAUAAUUAAUAUUAAUUUAAUUAUUAACAUAAUUUUUAUAUUGAUAUUAAUUUAAGAUAAUUAUUAAAUAAUUAUUAAAUAAUUAUCAAAAAUAUAAAUGAAAAAAAAAAAAUUGUCUAGCAAAUAAGACAAAAUUUUUCCUAAUAUUAAAAACAAAACAAUUGAAUUAUAUUGGUUUAGUACCUAUAUUUUUCUAUAUCAAUGAAUAAUAAUUAAAUGUAUGAGUCAUAUAGUUAAUUAUCUACAAUACUUGUCAAUAGAUAAAAAAAAAUCACAAAAUAUACAUAUACAUAGAAUGCUAUCAUUGCUCAAAAAAAUUCAGUUUCUGAUUACUGAAUUUUUUCUCAAGCAAAGCUAAUAAUUACAACGUUGGUAAUUAUUAUUAUUAUUAUUUUUUUUUUCUCUUCCAAAUAUUGAGUUUCGAAUUAAACUUUAUUUUUCAUUACAAAGGAAAUGAAAAUUUAAAAAAAAGAAUUUUCUAUUCUAUAGAAAAUAUUUCAUUUUUCUCACAUAGGAAUUAAUUUCCUAAUUAUUUUUGAAAUUGUCGUUCAAUUGGAAACUCAUUUUUACAACUUUUUUUUGACGAACAUAAUUAAAAAAAAUUUUUUUUUCCACUUUCUUUACUAUUAAUAAUAGACAUUUUUUUUUGUAAUUUGUUUCUUUAAAUCUAAGUCACAGUUUUUUUUUUUUUUAAAUUUUUUCUCGUUUUUCAUUUAAAACGAAAAAAGCAAUCAACUUCUCUCGUGCUUAGUAUCUUUUUAUCAAUAAUUAUAACUGCGCCAAUAAAUUAUAUAUAAAUCUGUGAAUUACGCAUCGUAAUCUCAAAAAAUAUGCGUGCGGACAAAAAAGAAAUUGUCUCUUUUUUAAUUUUUCUUUAAAAAAAGCACAGUUUAAGAAUUAUUCUAAAUUGAAGUAUAUAAAAUACAGGUUUUCUAUUAUUAAUAUAACUGGGACGAAGCAAAAAAAGUUUUUUUUUUCUUUUUCUUUUUACUAAGAUAAAAUAGGAAAAUUUGCUUCUUUUUUUUUUUAUAACUUAACUUCGUCGUUAUAAAAAGAAAAAUUGUUUUUUUUUUUUUACUUUAACAAUUAAGUAUUCUAUUUAUAGCAAUAUGUACAUUAACGUGGACUAAAAUAGACGCGACGGGCGGUGAUGACUACUUAAAAACUAGGUAAAAAAAAAAAAAAAAAAAAUUAUUUAAAUUUGCACCGAUAAAGAAUGCAAAAUCAGAUCAUGAGAAAUUGCCCCAUGAAAUUACGAGUCUUCACCGAAAACUAAACUAUACAAAAAAAAUUCUUUUCCGGAUGGGUGAGUUAGGGUAAUUUUCUUUUUUUUUUUUUUUAACUCACCAGCUUUGACUAGCAUUCCACUCCGGAAUUUUAAAUGAGCAAUUCGCAAAUAUUUAAAACAAAAAAAAAACAUAA